AUGUCCAACCCGCACACCGUAUGGGCCGUGGCAGGAGCGAGCAUUUUGGGCUGUGAGUCGGAUACGCAAGCACUUUGCUAACGCCGAGCUCCGUGCACGUCGAGCUCCGUGAACGCCCAGCUCCUUGCACGUCGAGCUCCGUGAACGCCGCGCUGAUUCGUGCACGCACGCUCGCACGCUCGCACACACGCACACACGCACUUGCCCCCCACAGAUGGACUGGCCCGCAUAGGUUCGGCGGCAUUCUCGGAGCUGCGGAAUGCAGUGUUUGCCAACGUGGCUCAGCGGUCCAUUCGAAGCGUUGCGAGAUCCGUCUUUACCAGGUUGCUGUCCCUCGACCUGUCUUGGCACCUGUCCAGACAGACCGGCGGGCUGACCCGCGCCAUAGACAGGGGAACAAAGGGAAUCUCCUUUUUGCUCACUUCCCUCGUCUUUCACAUUGUCCCAACCGCGCUGGAGAUCAGCUUGGUGUGCGGCAUUCUCAGCUACAAGUGCGGUCCCAGCUUUGCUGCAGUCACCGCCCUCACCAUGGCUGCGUAUGCCGCCUUUACCAUCAAGACGACGAGCUGGAGGACAAAGUUUAGAAAGGAAGCCAACGAGGCCGACAAUAGGGGAGCCAGCACCAGCUUGGAUUCUCUGCUCAAUUACGAGAGCGUCAAGGUGAGCGGCGCGGAUGGAUAGGCAACGAAUGCCUCUCGCAUCUCACAGCCGCGCCCGCGAACCACCCGCAGUACUUUAACAAUGAGACGCACGAGAUUCAAAAGUACGACAAGGCGCUAAAGGAGUACGAAAAGUCGAGCGUCAAGGUCGCCACGUCGUUGGCCGCACUCAACACUGGCCAAAACUUCAUCUUUAGCUCGGCGCUCACGCUCAUGAUGCUAUUGGCAGCUCAAGGGGUUGUAAAGGGUGCGUGGCGGGUUCCUUCUCGUGUUUAGCCGCGCCCUCGCUCAUGCCGACGCGACGCGACGCAGGGACCAUGACUGUGGGCGAUUUGGUGCUCGUCAACCAGCUCGUCUUUCAGCUCAGCCUUCCGCUCAACUUUUUGGGCACCGUCUACCGCGAGCUGAGGCAGAGUCUGAUCGAUAUGGAGGCCAUGUUCAACCUGGAGGCCGUAAAAGUCAGCGUGCAAGUGAGUGUGCGCGUGGGUGUGCGCGUGGGACGGUGCUGCAGACCUGCCUAACGCGUCCUACGCGUCCUACGCGUCCUACGCGUCCUCAUCGACAGGAUGAAAGCGACGCGCCCCCCUUGAAAGUGUCCAAGGGCGAAAUCGUUUUCGAAAACGUGACGUUUGGAUAUCAUCCUUCCAGGCCAAUCUUUAAGAAUUGCUCCUUUACCAUCCCUGCCGGACUGCGAACAGCCAUCGUUGGGCCCAGCGGGUGCGGCAAAUCUACCGUAUUUCGACUCCUCUUUAGAUUCUACGAACCGCAGAGUGGGCGCAUCCUGAUCGACGGUCAAGACAUUCGAAAAGUCAGCCUGGAGAGCCUGAGAAAGGCAGUCGGCGUUGUUCCGCAAGACACGGCGCUGUUCAAUGGAAAUAUUAUGGAUAAUGUCAGGUACGGCAAUCUCGAAGCGUCGGACGAGCAAGUUGCAGAAGCGAUGAGGAGAGCCAAGGUGGAUCGCAUCGUCCAGACUCUUCCCGAUGGAUACGACACCAAAGUUGGAGAGCGCGGCUUGAUGAUCAGUGGCGGCGAAAAGCAGAGAUUAGCGAUCGCUAGGCUGUUCUUGAAGAAUCCAGACAUUCUCUUUUUGGACGAGGCGGUGCGUGUGAAGCGUGCCGUGCGGCUGGCUGCUUGCGGAAUGCUGACCCGGAGAAGGCCUCCUCCUCGACAGACGUCUGCGCUAGACACCUUUACAGAAGCUUCACUCAUGCGCGACUUGAAUUCGACACUGUUGAACACCAAUCGGACGGCGAUUUUCGGUGCGUGUGGCGGGGCGCCGCUAGAAAUGCCGCCGGGAGAAACGUCGCCGGGAGAAAUGCCGCCGCUGACAUUCCCCCGCUCAUUCGCAGUCGCACACCGCCUGCGGACCAUUUCCGACUCUGACCUGAUCAUCGUGCUGAGGGAUGGAGUGGUGGAGCAGCAAGGCAAGCACGAUGAGCUGCUCGCCCAAUCCAACUCCCUCUAUGGUGACCUCUGGGAGUCUCAAUCCACCGUUGGUGAGGCGAAUUCCACACGUCGUAGGCGUGUACGCGCGCGCUAACCGAACCUCUUUGCGCAGGCAUGGGGCAUGGUGCGGGAGAAGGAGAAAGCCGAGGCGCCAAAGUGGACUAG